UUGCCCGUAGUUGAAGAAUGAGCCAGUGAGAGAAAGGGAGUGCGAUUCGCCUUCAAGAAUUUGUUUUAAUUACCUUAAAUUAUGUUCAUUUGGACGUUGUUUUGAGAUUCGUAUGCGUGUUCGGGCUUUUUUACAUUCGUUACGCGUAGUUAAGUGCCUUUAAAGUUGUUUGCUAUGUUUAAUAACUGAUUAACGUGAGUCUCAUCCGCUAGUUGGUUAGCAAAGCUCCUCUGCCGCUGCGAUGAUGAUGAAAACUUGAGCAGCCAAAAGCAAACAGUCGUCUAGUUUCUCAGACCACCCAAACACAGGACCCCUGUGCCAGGCAGCAAAAUGCAGACCAUAAAGUGUGUUGUGGUUGGUGAUGGCGCAGUAGGAAAGACCUGCCUUUUGAUCUCCUACACCACCAAUGCCUUCCCAGAUGAAUACAUUCCUACCGUAUUUGACAACUACAGCACUCAGACCUGCGUGGACGGACGUGCCGUAAGCCUUAAUCUGUGGGACACCGCCGGUCAGGAGGAGUACGACCGUCUGCGAACCCUCUCUUACCCACAAACGCACGUGUUUAUCAUCUGUUUCUCAGUGGCCAGUCCUUCUUCUCAUGCCAACGUCAGGCAUAAAUGGCACCCAGAGGUGUGCCACCACUGUCCGGGCAUUCCUGUGCUGUUGGUGGGCACUAAGAAAGACCUCCGAACGGACAAGGAGACCCUAGAGAAGCUAAAGGAGCAGGGCAUGAGUCCAACGACUCCCCAGCAGGGCAGCGCGCUAGCUCGCAGCAUCGGUGCGGUUCGAUAUCUGGAAUGCUCAGCUCUUCUGCAGGAUGGAGUUAGAGAAGUCUUCAAUGAAGCAGUCAAGGCUGUUCUCUACCCCAAUGCCAAGAAGCACAAUAAGAAAUGUGUGCUUUUAUAACUACAGGACGUGUAUGUGUGUUUGAGAGAGUUAGUGAGUUUUUAUGAAGGGUGGAAUGUAAGUUAGUAAUGUGAUCUUGUUGAUUUGACUCUGCAAGUGUGGGUUGCUACCACUUUUGUUUGGAUCUCUACACUACAGAUAGCGAUAGGUGCACAGACCGUUAUUGAGAGAGACUGUUUGUUUGUGUAUUUGUGUUUAAACUUUAUACAUAUCACCGAAGACAUAACUACAUGACUGAAGUGUUGAAAUGUAAAGUCAGGCAGGUAGGGGCAGUGUAGUGGAUUUGUUUGGCGUCAUUGACCUCUGCCUUUCCAUAAUGCCUUAAAACUCCAGCCUAUACAGAUGACAAAAAGAUUUUUAGGAAAUGCUCAGAGGAUAUUUCAUGCACAAAAGUAUGAACCCAGUGUGAUGUGCCUGGUGGCCUUAUUAAAAUCUAUAAAGGUACUGUUUUUCUUUUAGCACAACUAUACUGACAAAUUGGACCAUCUGUGCUAACUAUGCCAUGUUUUACUAUAUUGUGGCCUGUUAAUGAUCUCUGAUCUCUAUAGGGUUGCUUGACUUGAAUCAGAAGUGCUGCAUAAUCUCGUUGUGCCUUUAAAGGCUUAGCCUGAGCUUUGCUCCUCCUUUUACAUCUCACAAACUCCUCAGAUAAUUUUAUAUAGGGUGCUACUUUGGUGCCAGCUGACAUUUUAAUGCUGGAAAGGGCUACAUUAGUUCACAGCUCACCUGCCUCCUUUCAGAGACAAAAAUGAAGGUAUAUCAUGCUGUUUCGACACUCUUGAUAAAGAAAUGAAGAUCUGUAUUUAAAUGGUUUUGCCUGAAUCCUCAGAUUUCGAAACCCCGUUAUUAAAUUUAAAGUGCCACACUAAUAUUUGUAUUUUAUUUUUUACAAGAUCCAUUCAAUGAAGUGUCCUGUUAAGAACUUAUGGAGGGAAAAAACAUCUGUCCUAUGCCUUAUGUAAGGAAGGAUAGUUUUGGUUAAGGCUUCAUUUGGGUCCACAUUUGCAUUUUAUAUAUUGAAUGUCUACAUUUUGUAUAAUAACAGUGUUUUUCUUUUAGCCAAAGGCUGCUUUUCAGCUGUUUUGUUUUUGGGACACUAACAAUACACCAAAAUGGCUUGAAUUGUUUUUUAUUAAAGCUGUUUUUAUUACUCCUUGAAAUUGUCAUUAUUUUUAAAAAUAUAUAUAUACCUCCACUUGCAUGACAAAAUAAACCAUUUUAAAGUCAA